CAUUCCAUCCAUUUAUUCAUUGGCGGUGGAAAUAAAACCCCUUCUCUUUUCAUUUCACAUAUAAAAUCAUUCUCUCAAAAACAUCUUAACCGUUUUCUCUCUCUACCUCUCUCUCUCUCUAAACGACGCCAUCUCUAUCUCGACUUCACCGGCGGCAUUAUCCCCGGCCACCGCCUCGCGGUUCGGUUCUCCUCAUAUUCCUUCGUUCGUUGCUUCAGAUUCUUCGCGGUUUGGAUUCUCCGUCAAAUUUAUCCGUUGAGGAAAUCCUUGCUGUGACAGAAAUUUCGGAUUCUUCUGCAAUGGGUGCAGGUGAAGAUCUUGUAAACAAUGCAGCUAGUCCUGCUGAGAAUCCCACUAUCCACGCCACUGGUACUACAGGAAAUCCUAUAAAUGACAGAGCAGAUUUCUCAAAAAAGGUUGAAAGCGUCCAAGCGGUUGAUGUGGAAACUCCUACAAAUGGCCAACCAAAUCAUGCAGUAAAUCCUUUAAAUGACCAAACAAGUGGUUCAGCAAAUCCAGUAAUUGCCCAAGCUAAUGUUGCAGAAACCCCUAGAAAUGAAGCAGGUGGUAUAGAACCAGAUAAUCCUAUAAAUGACCAAUUAAAUGAUGUGGAAAAUCCUGCAAACAACCGAGCAGGUGGCGCAGAAACAGAAACUUCUACGAAUGACCAAUUAAAUAUUGCGGAGACUUCUGUGAAAGACCAAGCAGGUGGUGUAGGCAAAAUUCUUGUUCACAAUGAAGCUGAUGCUAUAGAAAAUCCUUUAGUUGACAAACAAGAUGCUGCAGAAAAUCUUGUAGAAAAGAAAGCAGAUGCUAUUGAAACCCUGUCAAACAUCAAAGAAGAUUCUGUUGAAACCCCGUCAAACAUCGAAGAAGAUACUGUUGAAACCCCGUCAAACAUCAAAGAAGAUACUGUUGAAACCCCGUCAAACAUCAAAGAAGAUACUGUUGAAACCCCGUCAAACAUCAAAGAAGAUACUGUUGAAACCCCUGUAAGCAACAAAAUAGACCGUCUUCCAGCAGAAGCAAAGGAGAUACUGAUAUCAUUGGCAGAUAAAUGGGAGGAUGUACUAGAUGCAAGUGCAUUGCAGGUGAUCCCUCUCAAGGGGGCAAUGACAAAUGAGGUAUUCCAAAUAAAGUGGCCAGCUACAAGUGGGGAAACCUCACGGAAGGUUGUAGUUAGAAUCUACGGUGAGGGUGUGGACAUUUUCUUUGAUAGGGAAGAUGAAAUACGGACAUUUGAAUACAUGUCAAAAAAUGGUCAAGGACCUCGUCUACUAGGACGUUUUACAAAUGGGCGCGUUGAAGAGUUUAUCCAUGCACGGACAUUGUCAGCUUCUGAUCUACGUGAUCCAUCAAUUUCUGCUCUUAUAGCGGCCAAAAUGAAGGAGUUUCAUGAUCUAGAUAUGCCGGGUGAAAAGAAAGUCAAUCUUUGGCGUACAUUGAGAAAUUGGCUUAAUGAGGCCAAACGUUUGUCUUCUCCAAAGGAAGUUGAAGCUUUUUAUUUGGACACAGUCGACAAGGAAAUCUCUAUUUUGGAAAAGGAACUAUCAGGCGCACACCAACAGAUAGGAUUUUGCCACAAUGAUUUACAAUAUGGUAACAUAAUGCUUGAUGAAGAGACCAAUUCUGUGACCAUAAUAGACUACGAAUAUGCAAGUCACAAUCCUGUAGCAUAUGAUAUAGCAAACCACUUCUGUGAGAUGGCUGCGAACUAUCAUUCAGAAACGCCUCAUGUUCUUGAUUACAGCAAUUAUCCUGAUUUUGAGGAGCGUGUAAGAUUUAUUUUGGCAUAUUUGCGUUCCUCAGGCGAAGAACCAAGUGAGAGUGAAAUGGAGCACCUACUUCAAGAAGUUGAGAAAUAUACACUUGCAAAUCAUCUAUUCUGGGGCCUUUGGGGAAUAAUUUCGGGUCAAGUAAACACAAUUGAAUUUGAUUACAAGGAGUAUGCGAAACAGAGGUUUCAAGAGUAUUGGGCAAGGAAACCUUAUCUUCUUAGCUCUGAUGCACCUUCUCCUUUUAAUGUCCCUGAGGGAACAGGAGAGCUUGCAUCCGGAGGGCACACCAAAGGAGGAAAGAACACUGGUAUCUUCAGGAAGAUGAAGAGAGUUUUGGGUCUCGGCUUGUUCAGGUCGAAAAGCUAAACCAAGGAUAACCCAUUUUUCUUGGAAAUUUCUUCACCCACCUCCUAACCUUCUUGCUCACCCCUGGUGAAUUUACAACACUACCCCCUUGUUUCGGAAGUUCAUUUCCGAAAACGUAUUUUUAUUAAAAAAAAAGGUGUUUUCGGAAAUGUCACCAAUUUCUGUGAUAGGUAAAUUAUUCCCAUCAGCCGUGUGAAUUUGAAGAUCACCAAAAUAUCUUGUAACGUUUGUAAGAGUAUCAACAUUGUUGGUCAUAUGAUUUGAGGCCCCAGAGUCAAAAUACCAAGGAGAACAGGGAGGAGAAGGUUUACCUGAAAUUCCUAAAGCAGAAAAAGCUGAAAUUAUCAUUUGUUGAACCAUUUCAGGAGUCAUGUUCUGGACGUUGGUGGAAGCAAUCUGAUCCACACUACCAGUUGCAGAAGAGGAACCAACACAGGCAGUAAAAGCGGGUACAGUUUUCUUUGGUGGUCUUAUAGGGCAUUCCUUAAUGAUGUGACCGUCUUUUUUGCAAUAGUUACAGAACUUGUUAGGACAGUGUGAAGCAAAAUGUCCAAGUCCUUUGCAGCAGAAACAUUGGACAGCACUCAUAUCACGUCCUCUAGGCUUGCCUUGUACAGCGUAUGCAAUCGGAAUCGAAGACGAUUUAUGUUGUUCCAUUGUUGUUUGAGUUAGGAGGCGCUGUUCUUCACGAAGAAGCUCAUUAAAGCAUGCAUCCAAGGUGGGGACAGUGGCUCUAUUCAUGAGAUUGGACCGGAUACCUUCAAAAUCAGAUCUCAGUUUCAUAAGAAAUUGAUCUCUUUGAGUAGUUUCGUGAACUUUUCGCACUGCAAUUUGAUCGGUAGUUGACAAAUCUUCAUAGACAAUGUCAGUGUAUUCAGCCCAAAGAUUGAUAAAAUGAGAAUAAAAUUCAGAAAUUGAGAGACUAUCCUGUUGAGAAAUGGCAAUGUCGUGUUCUAGCUGGAAUCUACGAGCUGCGUUAUUUUGGCUGUAUACUUUCUUUAGAUAGGCCCACAUCUUUGCUGCAGUGUUAAAUGGCCGAAGAUUGAGAACAAUGGUAGGAUCAACAGAGCCUAUGAUCCAUGCCAUGACUUGAGCAUCUUUGACUAUCCAUUUGGCAUGGUCUUCCUUGUGCUUCUCUUUGUCAGGGGUAGGUUUGGUGCCAUCAACAUGACCCCAAAGAUCCUUACCAGUGACAAAAAUCUGGAACUGAAAUGCCCAAGCUGAAUAGUUCUUGUCAUUCAGGCGAAUGAACAAAAUAUCAUAUUUGUCAUACUUUUCGGUAGACAUGAGGUCGAGAAAAAUGACAAGAGAGGACAAAAAAACUAGAUCUGGACAGAUUCGAGAAAGACAAGAAACUAAGACUGAAUUAGGGUAGGAUCGAAACCUAGACUGAUACCAUGUCAAACACGUAUUAUCAAACUGUGUUUUUCUUCUGUUGUCUUAUUUCUCUAUAUAUAACUAGUGUAUACAAUCUAUUUCCUUAAUUAAGGAGAUGCUAAAUAAUUACAUAAUUACAGCUAAUAAUAAUCAAUAUUUUGUAAUAAUGAGGAAAUCAACUAUGUCAUUAUUCUGCUAAUAAAUUCCAUUGACACGAGAAUGGUUAAUAAUUUACGCGAUUGUACGAUCAUAAAUCUUAGCACUAAGUUUACGUUACCCAUAUACAUUGAUAAUCAGUUCAGAAGGAGUGAUAAUCAGUUCAAAAGGAGAUAUAUAUCUCAAGCAUUCAAACAAAAAGUUGAAAAAGAGAGGUUCAAUUUGAUUUAGUUAACUACAUAGAGUUUUCUUGCAAAUCAUUAUGUUGUUAUUAAUAGAGUGGUUUGUAUAAGUUGGCCCUUAGUUAAAGUAGUUGCUAAUUGAUCAAGACUUAAAACCAUGCAUUAAUAUAUUCUAUAUUGUUCAUUUUUUUGUCAUAUGUAGUCUACUGGUUAGGUUUACACACUUUAAUGUAGAGAAAUACUAAGAAAAUCUUGAAUUCAAAUAUGCAUAAUUAUAUCUUCGCAACUAUCACCUGAAUUGAAUCGUGUUUACAUGAUUCUUUAUUGUUCAUUUCUAUGCAUUUUGAGUUCAAUCAAUGUAUUUUUUUUUUUGUUUUUACUCCUAGUUUUCUCCGUAUCAUAUAAUGGCUCUAUUGUGUUCAUAUUUGACAAAAAUCAGCCAAAAUGCAUACAUAACUAUGAGAUUUUGGACGAAGAUAUCCAACUUGACAUAAUCAAUAUUGUCACUUGAACUGAACUUUACGGACGUCACGAAGUUAUUAACUAUAUAUACUCACAAUGUCCAAUUAUAUUUCAUUUUAAUCAUAUAUAUUUGAUGAGAUGGUGAUGAUUGAAUAUUUGUUUAUAUAUAAACUUAUUACAUUUCCAA